AUGGCGAAUAUUGACGAAAGGUGCUCACCUGCGAUGUUGUUUACCUCCGAGGAGCUCGACAUUACAUUGCCCGUCACAGAUGCUGCUGCAAAAUCACGAGACAAGCGCAAAGCUGGUCACGAUGUUCUGACAACCAGCCGUCGCAUCACGCCGUCAGCAGUGACUAUCGUUCCCAAGCCCAAACGUGCAAAAUUUGAACCGUGGCGUCGACAGCAAGUCGCCAACGUCCGGAAGAAGGGGGCCUAUCACCCAUGCGAUGAGGAUACGUACAACGCAAUACUAGGCACUUCUCCGUUUACCGUUGUCGAGAAUGUUUGCCCGUCUUUCGAUGACAUGAUCAACUGGGACGUGGGCUCAAUCUCCUCGGAGUUUGUGCUCUGGAUGUCCGACGACCAUGCUCAACCAGGAUCGACAAGUCUUGUUAAUAUCUUGUCUUCCUCUGCUUUUGAGAGCAUGAUAUCGAAGUUUGUGGGUAGGUGCUUAAGCAAACAUCUGAGGCUGCUGAUCGAACUGACCUCGUUUCGUUAUUCUCAUGGAAGUAAAGCGUCAUACGCCGACUACGACUCGACUAGCUUGUGGAGCCUCCGCUCGUUCGCGGGGACUCGAGUGUUGCAGGAGCUAGAGCCAGCUCUCGGCAACGCAUCUCUAAAUGCUGCUUCGCUUGAAAAGCUGACAACUUUAUUCUUGGUGCUAUUCGCAACCAUCAUCGCGGCAGGGUAUUCGAACCCACGUUGUCCAUCAGGAGAUAUGGGUGCUUCCACAUUCAGGCUGCCAGUCUAUCAAUCGCCGACAUCAAGUGAGCCCUGCGCUUCCGGUCCAUCGGCGCAAGUCUUUUCAGAAGCACGGAAACACCUUCUUCGCAUCCUUGCACACCAUAUGGUCUACAUCGCAGAACGCAUCAAUCUUCUGGAGACACAAGUUUCCAGAAAGCGUAUCAUUGAAGGCUCGGCCUGCCAAUGGAACAGAAGAGCCACGUUCCAAUGUCAAGAGAUGCCAGCUCCGAAGAACGCAGAUGUCCAAACUGUCUUGGUCUCACCCUGCGACACCCAAGACGACUCAAGGAGGGCAGAUCGAACUUUACCAACAAGACAUCCGGCACGCUCUUACCAUCUCAGUCGCUCUCACCCUGCCAACUCAAGCUGCAGGCUAGCAGGACCUUUCGGUACGUGUGUGCAUGAGCAAAGUCUGAACAUUGAACCGUCGCCCAUGGACCGUAUUCUUGCUGGUUAUCAGCAAAUGACAUUAUCGCCACGGGAUGUGCAAGCUCAAAUUGAACGCGCCAGCACCCAGCGAGUUGACCCGGAGAGCAUCCGGCAUGCUCCACACUCAACCCGUAGAUGCUCCCAAGAUCACAUGCCCUCCAUAAGCACUAGAGACAGAAACUAUGCCGCCUUUGAGUGCCUAGCCGAAACUGAUGGCAUGUGCGCGCCUUUCCUUUGCACAGAUAGUAAUGAUAACGCACACGAAGCAUCGAGCAUGAUCGGAACCCCCGCUCUCACAACCUCACCUUCUACACUGCAAAGUUCAGAACAAUCUUUCUCCACCACGUCCGGCUCUCCGCCUAGCAUCCGAUCUCAAGCCUCAAUGAGUACAUGUGACACCAACUCCGACCAAGGAUCCGUGUGUCGGUCUUGCAUGUUCGCUACGCUGCCAUUUGAUGCAUUGGACCAGGACAAACUCUGCCAGUUCUGCGCAGCUUUUCCCCAGCACAGCGCCGACAUCGCGGCUUCUUCCUCUAAUGACUUGCCUGAUCAAAGGGUUCCCGCCCAAGGUCAGCUCAUUUGGCUGGAUGACGAGGAUGGAUCUGUCAAUCUCCUGGUGUGA